AACGUAAACAAAACGCACGUGAACAUUAAGAAUGGGACCAAAAAGUAAGAAAAAUAAGAAAAACAGUGGAAAUACGACAUGGAAGCAAGUGCAAAUUGCUGGAUGUAUAGAAGGUGAUAAUCUUGACGGAUUCGCUGGAUUGGAAGUGCUAGAAAAUUACGAUUCAUCCUUUUUAUCCGGUGAUUUAAAGAGAAGAAACAAAUUGUACCUAAACAAUGAAUUGGAUGGUGAAAUUUUUGAGUCUAAGAGACGCAGACAUGACAGUGAUGAUGAACCAGAUAAAGAAAAAGUUGAAGAGAGUGAAGGAAUUGACAUUCAGGAAGUAAAGAAACCAGCAAAAAAGAAGAAAACUAAGGAAAAGGUUCAGAAAGAAUUUAAUACGCUUCCUGGUCAGUUCGUGCUGCUCAAUCCACCAGUAAUAGAUGACAUCUUUGAAGAUCCUGAGAAUGCAGAGAUUAAAGCUACUUGGAAUGGAAUUGGCAUUACGUCAGAUGAAAUAAUAAGAGCUUUAGUCGAAUUAAAGUUUAAAACUUCAACAGAGAUCCAGAAGCUUACAAUUCCAGUUUCUUGUUAUGGAAAGGUCGAUAUUUUAGGAGCUGCUGAGACUGGAAGUGGAAAAACCUUAGCUUUUGGACUUCCAAUUAUUCAAUGCAUCCAGAAACGACUUAAAGAUCAUGAAGAUGAAGUCAGUAACUUCUUUGCACUGAUUUUGACACCAACUAGAGAGUUAGCUCAACAAAUCUAUAAUCAUCUUAAUGCCGUUGCUAAAUACACAAAUGUGACGAUUGCAAGCAUUAUUGGUGGACUAGCCACAGUAAAGCAAGAAAGAGUCCUUAAAUCUAAUCCACAUAUUGUAAUUGCAACUCCAGGAAGAAUCUGGGAACUGUUUAAUGACGGAAAUCAGCAUUUACAGAAACUUGUGAACGUCAAGCAUUUAGUCAUAGAUGAAACAGAUAGAAUGAUUGAAAAAGGACAUUUUGGGGAGAUGGAAAAGAUCUUGGAAUUGCUUAAUAGUGCAGAAUCUAAUCCAAAUCGUCAGACUUUUGUGUUCUCAGCAACAUUAACGAUGCUCCAUGAUUUGCCUGAUUAUAUCACUAAGAAGAAGAAGAAAUUUGUUAAGCCAGCCGAAAUGACACGCGAGCAGCGAACUGACAUGUUUGCCAUGAUGUUUGGUAUGAAAAAUCCGAAAGUAUUUGAUAUCACAGAUAAUUCUGGUGUUGCUGGAAAAGUCAUUGAAUCGAGGAUUUUGUGUUCGUUGGAUGAAAAGGACUUCCAUUUAUAUUACAUACUGCUAAACUUCCCUGGACGAACAAUCGUGUUCUGUAAUUCAAUAGAUUGCGUUAAGAGAACUGUUUCAGUGUUAAGUCACUUGAAUGUCUCACCAAUCUGCAUUCAUGGACAAAUGGAACAGAAACAACGGCUCAAGAGCUUAGAAAAGUUCCAAAAACAGGCAGAGAGCGUGUUAGUAGCCACAAACUGUGCAGCAAGAGGUCUUGAUAUUCCAAAUAUUCAGCACGUCAUUCAUUAUCAGGUUCCAAUUACUGGAGAAGAUUAUGUUCAUCGGUCAGGAAGAACUGCUCGUGCUAAUAAGGAAGGUCUAUCAAUCUUAAUCAUGGAACAAAAUGAAAUCAAAAACUUCUUAAAGCUGCAGAAAACUUUAGGACGAAACGAGGAUCUGCCAAUGUUCCCAAUUGACCCCAAAAUCAUGAAGAAUGUCAAGGAUCGAGUAAGAUUAGCCAGAGAAAUUGAGUCAACAGAUUUGCAAGUUCGUAGACUGAAUGACAACAGGAAUUGGAAGAAAAAAGCUGCAGAUGAUAUUGGAAUUUUAGACUCUGAUGAUUCAGAAAACGAAUCCAACACAAAUCGAAAGCUUAAACAAAUUAAUCUAGAUUUAAAGCACAAAAAGCUUCAACUUGGAAAGUUGCUGUCAAUGAGCAUAGUUCCAGCAAAUAUCCACAGUCUUAAGUUUCCAAUAGCUCAGCUUAAUGAGAAGAUUGAAAUGAAUCCUUUAGAAAUUAUUAAGGCAAAUACAGUACAGCAGAAGAAUAGCAAGCAGUUUAAGACAUUGAAGUUGUUUAAGAAACGGAAGUGAAUUUGAUGCUACAAUUGAAUUGUUUGUAAAUAAAUUAAUCUGAAAUAAAUUUGAGAAUUUUUUAAGUACUUGAAGCUUAUUAUUUG